GAUGCCUUUUUGAGAUACAGUGGGUUGAAAGUUCAGUAACUGUAAUGAAAGGUCUGUUAGAUUUCAGUAGGGACAGCUGUCUUUAGCUUGCUAGCGGUAGCUAACUUAUCUGUGCUAAGCUAGUUGGUAUUUGGUGCGUUCGCUGUAGUUAGCCUGGUUUUGUUAGCAAGCUACAGAAAGUUAUCCUAGUGAUAGCUAGCUCAGCUAUCGCUAUAUCUCGUUUGCUGGCGGAUAGGUAGCACCGUUAUGGUGAAUGAUCUAACGUUAGCUUGCAAAUCAAGGAAUAUUAUUUGUUGCAGGGGUUAUUCGAUGUUGUUUUUUGAUGAAUGGGCUACCCGUGAAAUUUAGGGUUAGUGGUUUGGUCUGUCUCAAGUUAUUUGAUGGGUGCGGUAGUACCAGAUAGUCACUGCCUGUUAGCUGGAACAUGUCAGUUAACUAUCAAAACAAGCAGCCAAGAUAAUGUUAGAUAACGUUUGCUAGCUAGCCAGAUUGAUAGGUUGUCGUUAAAUAAAAUUCUGUCGGUUCUCUGUUGCUGUUGCUUUGUGUGAACUUUGGGUUGAAGGAUACUGUUAGUGCUAGUCAGCACCAACUAAGCAUUAUCAGCAAACAAUAGCUAGUUAUACCCGGAGCCGGUUUCUCAAGACGACGUGAUCUGUCAGUCUUUCCAAACACCAUCUGCCAAAUAACCAGUACGUCCAAUGUUGACAGAAACCAGGAAGCGGAGGCGAAGCUGUAACAGUGAAGACGGUCAGGUCCUCCCCCAGGCGAAGAGGCCUGGAGCGGGCAAUGCCCUUCUCCCAGAGCUGGGGCGAGAUGCCUGGGACUCAGAGUCCUCCAGCAGUGACAGCAGUGGCAUCAGUAGCCCAGAGAGGCUAGCGGGAGCCAGUGGCAGUAGCAGCAUGAGCGCCUUUGGCAUGGACGGCCGGGGAAACUGCGUUACCCAGGGUCCCUGCAGCCCGACGGGCUCAUCGAACCCGGGCGACGAACCGCUGCUCGCCAUGAGCUACCACAACAUAAACCGCGUCCUGCGAGAGGCCCAUUUCGCCAGCCUGAAGACCAGGGGCCACCCGGGCCCCACAUGACCGCCUGGUUCCCCCUCACCCCAAACCCCACACCCGUCAACUCCUCAUGGGCAUUAGCGGUAACCGGGGCCCCCUGAGGACCGACUGGAGGGACGUCAUGGGUACUUUUCCACCUCUACCCUGCCAUCACCACCACCACCACCCCUUACAACAUCCACCCCGGCCCACUCCGCACACACCACCCUAACGAUUGUGUGUGUGUGUGUGUGUGUGAGUGAGUGAGUGUGAGUGCGCAAACUACCUUUCUGUGGCUUGACUACUUUGGUCCCUCAUCUCCCCUCACUCCCCUCCUCUCCCAACACUUCCUUUAAGGUUUUUUACAUGUCCAUAUAUGAGAGGGGAGGUUUGACUUUUUUGGUUGUUUGUGUGUGUGUGUGUGUGUGUGUGUGCGCGUGCGCGUGUGUGUUGGACAUUGUAUCCACUUGGGUGCUACAUAAAAGAACCAUGAAAAGAAUAUGACGCUUGCAAUAAUAAGUCUACAUGUUUCUUUCAGCAAUUUUUUGCCCACUUUGUCAGGCCAGUAAACUUGAUGCAUGGAGAAUCUUCUAGAGCUAGGGAGAGAAUCUUCUAAAGCUAGGGAGAGAAUCUUCUAAAGCUAGGGAGAGAAUCUUCUAAAGCUAGGGAGAGAAUCUUCUCAAGCUAGGGAGAGAAUCUUCUAAAGCUAGGGAGAGAAUCUUCUCAAGCUAGGGAGAGAAUCUUCUCGAGCUAGGGAGAGAAUCUUCUAGAGCUAGGGAGAGAAUCUUCUAGAGAGAAUCUUUUUGAUGAGUAUUUAAUUUGGGAACCCUGCCGUCUUUAACUAAAGACACAGUUGAGUCAGUGGGUCUGUAGUUCUCAGUGUGUGGAAACUUAAUACACAGGUAAGAUAAGUAUAACAUCAGUAUAAGAAUUGGCUUUGGUUCCUACUUUGGUUUGGUUCCUUUGGUUCUCCUGCUUCAUGGUCCUGUUGAGCGGCCUGGGCAAGCAAAGUGUUUUUUUUUUUUUUACUGCAAGAGCUAAAUCGCCUCACAGAGGUCACUCAAUACUGUAUGCACCUCAUAAGCACACACAAACAUGCAGUCUCAGUUUCAUUAACCUCAAGUUACCCGCCCUCCCCACCCCUGCGUCCCCGACCCCGCCACGGAUACCCCUGCCAUGACAUUUCUUUUCUCCCAUCCAUGAUGGUGUGUGUGUACGCGUUUACCCUUGUCCAACGGAGAAACAGGGAUUUUUAGCUGUGUCUUGGCGGAGUGCUUUCAGGAAAAAAAAAAAACAGGAAAAAAACAAAACAAAAAAAGUAAGUAAGUGUGUGAGCAGUGUUCCACUUUAGUCUCUCGAGCCAGCCUAGGAGCAGUAAGCACAGAUAAGACAGACAUAUCCUAAACACUCAGGCCGGGGGAAAACACCCUCCUGUCAAAGGUGCCAUGAAGCCAAAAACACUGGCAGAACUUUCAUUUUAUUAUAAUUUUUUUGUUUCUGGGGGGAAGAGUUUGGGAGGGGGGGUGGGCGUGGAUGUAAGUCUGUGAGCUGCACUUUGGUUCCUUGGGGGGGUGGAGUGGGUGGGUCUUUGUGAGGGUCCCUAUGAUCCAAAUGUGGUGAGUACUAAAAGGGUGGGGUGGGGUGGGGGUGUGUGCACUUCGCUCUUGAAUAGCCUUACUCACUUGUAGACGCGGGGCAAAGCGUCUUAGCACUGGGUUUGACUACAGAGCUAGAAAUCCAGAAAUACUCAGGCGCACCGAGGUCGAUGGGUUUCUGCUCUGUAACAGGACACACACACACACACACACACACGUAUUCCCCCUAUGAACAAGACUUCACCUCUAUGAUUAGCCUGGCCCUGAAUAUAGCGCGCCACUGGUCGUUUAGUCCCAAGUAGUGUACAUUCUCCCGGGAAUGUCAUGCUCUGCAAGUGUCAUUAGUCAGUGCAUAUGGUUUGAAGACAUUUUUCCGUAGGGUUCACUAGGAUAGAGUAGGGGUGGCACUGUUGACAGGAACACAUUAUUCCAAAUGAGCAAUGGUGUUGUGGGGGAGAAAUAGCGUAGUGUAGUCUCCUCUGCCCCUCCCAAAGACAAAAAAAAAAUGAAAGAGGGAGAGCGAGAGAGAGCGAUUGGGAGAAUGAGAGGGGGGAGCAGGCUCUUCAGAUGAUGCACUCAUUCUUAUCGGGAGGAAGACAUUUACUACUGAAGAAGCAAGUUCAGACCAAUUUUCUACAGAGGUCCAAAACUUAACAGGUGCUCAAUGCAGCUUUUCCUGGAGAGAAAGACAAGCUUGACCUGCGAUAUUAAUGUCAUUCUCAAGGCUUGAUGGAAACAGUCUUUUCUCAACACGACUGCCACUCUAUGCACGCUUUUCUUGUUUUGCAUUUGUAUACGGUUUUCAAGACCAGAGCAAGAACAUGAAUGCAAAACAACAAACAGCGCACAGAAAAGCAUAGGGAUAGUGACAUUCAUGCCUUAGAAUUACAUUUGUAUUGCUCAGUGUAAUUUUUGUUUUCUAACCCCUUAAACAAAAGUACUUCAUGCAGCACCUUCACUAUCUCAACUUGUUGCUGUGUGUGGAUGGAGAACAGUAAAGAUGGGCAUUUCGUGAGUGUGUGUGAGGGACACUUGCGCCCAACCCCCCCCCCCCCCCCCCUCCCUCCCCAUUGCCUACACCUGUCUCUCCUGCACUGCCUCCCUCCCCCUCUCCCAUCCUCUUCGCUGUUCAAAUCAACCUCAAACACUGUGGUCUGUUACCGAGGAAAGACUUGAUCAGUUUUAGAUUAGUUUUUUUUUCAUUACUACAAUCAUGUUUUUUUUUUUCGUAUUCAGAAUUGUACAUUAACUAUAAUAGCAAAUAUACAAGAUUUGUUUUUGUUUUUGGAUCAUAAUUAUUUUUUGGAGAUCUUCCUUACAUUAUGGAGAAUUAAAAUGUUGGUUUUUAA